CCCGCAAAGGCUGCGAGGGACCGGCAGCUGCUCCCGGAGCCCGCAAAGGCUGCGAGGGACCGGCGGCUGCUCCCGGAGCCCGCAAAGGCUGCGAGGGACCGGCAGCUGCUCCCGGAGCCCGUAAAGGCUGCGAGUGAACGGCGAGGAUGGGAGUGCGCCCGCACCGCUUCCCUCAGCGCUUCUACAGCUCGCUGCGAGCAGCUGAGAGUUUUGAUGCCUGGACAACUGGAUUCUGAAUCGUGAGAGGCUUUGAAACCCACCCCCCCCCCUCCCAAAUAAAACAAACCCCUUUGACUUCUUCUCUCGGCAGGAGGGGGAGGGAGGGCGGAUUUACCAUGAAGACAAAUCGAAGAUGCAGAGCCCUGCUAGCAGUGAGUCUGAAUCUGAUGGCUCUCCUCUUCUCUACAACAGCUUUUAUCACGACCCACUGGUGUGAGGGCACACAGAGGGUCCCCAAGCCGAGCUGUGGGAAAGAGAAGAAGACAAACUGCCUCAACUACGGCGGGAAUGAGACUGCAAAUGAGACGAACCAGAAUGUGGUUCAUUACAGCUGGGAGACGGGAGAUGACCGCUUCCUUUUCAGGUAUUUCCACACUGGGAUCUGGUACUCCUGUGAGGAAAAUAUCAAUGCUGCUGGUGAAAAAUGUCGAAGUUUUAUUGACCUUGCCCCGGCUUCUGAAAAAGGUGUGCUGUGGCUCUCAGUGGUGUCCGAGGUGUUGUACAUCAUGCUGUUGGUCGUCGGGUUCAGCCUCAUGUGCCUCGAGCUCUUUCAUUCAAGCAGUGUCAUAGAUGGGCUCAAGUUAAAUGCCUUUGCUGCUGUCUUCACUGUGCUUUCAGGUCUCUUGGGGAUGGUGGCACACAUGAUGUACACUCAAGUGUUCCAAGUGACCGUCAGCCUUGGGCCAGAGGACUGGCGACCACACUCCUGGGACUAUGGAUGGUCCUUCUGUCUGGCGUGGGGCUCCUUCACCUGCUGCAUGGCUGCCUCUGUCACCACCCUCAACUCCUACACCAAGACUGUCAUCGAGUUCAGGCACAAGCGCAAAAUCUUCGAGCAGGGCUUCCGAGAAGAGCAGAACUUCCUGGACCAGGAAGCCAUCAAGUACUUCAGAGAAAGGGCUUCACAACACCCAGCUCUAAGUGUCACUAGCCCGCAGAGGAACAGGAGUGACCACAAUGCUCAGAAAAUCCCCCCAUUCGCUACGUCAAGCUCCUCCAGCGACACAUCAAGCAGCUCUUCACUUUCAUCAGAACCAGCCAGCCAGAUCUCCAUGGUUCAGGAUCAAACCCUGCUGGACAUCACCUCCAUCACUAGAUUGGCCCCAGGGGAAUCACCAAACCCUCAAGCACUCGAGCAAAGAGAUACAAAUUCAGCAAUAUCGUGUUCCAGCCCACUGGGAGCAAGGACUAUUCCAGCAUCUUGCCCAGCCAGCCUCAGGCUCAGUCUAACACCCAGCUCAGCCAAGCCACAGCAAUACUCUGACUCCUCUGCAGUCAGCCCAGGGAUCAGUGCAGCUUCCUUCUCCACCUUCUGUCCUCACUCAGCACAAAACGUACGAGCUUCAGCUUCAGAUCACACACUGACCCCAACCAGGACAAGCACAAGGCCUCCAGCAGCAGCGACUCCUGAAGAGAGUUCCCAGGCUCCUGGCUAUUCUAAAAUGGAGUUAAAGAAUACAGGAAAGGGGUUUGAAUCAGAUCUGGAAGAUCCUGAUCACGAGAGGAGAUUUGUAACCACACAGCAGUUCCAAGCCAUGGAGAAAGAGCUGGAGCACGUGAAGGAAGACCUGAACUGCCUGAAGUGGAAGGUGAGGCACAUCGGGGAGACGGUGCAGCCGCUGGCCGAGGACAGCAAGAGGUACAAUGGCUACACCCUGAGGGAGCUCAGGGCCAUGGUGCAGCUCGAGGAUGACCCCUACAAGGCUGCCCACAAGAUCCUCACCGCCCUCUUCAGCGAUGUCGACUGGCCCCAGCAGCCAGCUGCUGAGCAGGCCUGCAACUCCCUGCCCAAGCCCAGGAUAGACCCAGAGCUGCACAGGCUCUACUGCGACGUUCUCAAGAGCAUAUUCCCUGAAAUCAGCAGCCAGGCCUUGAGGGAAGAGACACAGCCCACGCAGAAAAGCACGCAGAGAGCAGUGCAGUGACAGCAGAGCAGUGACAGCAGUGGGGUGACAGCAGGGCAGUGACAGCAGUGCAGUGACAGCACAGCAGUGACAGCACAGCAGUGACAGCAGAGUAGUGACAGCAGUGCAGUGACAGCAGGGCAGUGACAGCACAGCAGUGACAGCAGUGACAGCAGUGGGGUGACAGCAGGGCAGUGACAGCACAGCAGUGACAGCACAGCAGUGACAGCAGUGGGGUGACAGCAGGGCAGUGACAGCACAGCAGUGACAGCACAGCAGUGGCAGCAGUGCAGUGACAGCAGGGCAGUGGCAGCACAGCAGUGGCAGCAGUGCAGUGACAGCAGAGUAGUGACAGCAGUGCAGUGACAGCAGUGCAGUGACAGCAGGGCAGUGGCAGCACAGCAGUGGCAGCAGUGCAGUGUCAGCAGAGCAAUGGCAGCAGUGCAGUGACAGCAGAGCAGUGGCAGCACAGCAGUGACAACACAGCAGUGGCAGCAGUGCAGUGACAGCAGUGCAGUGACAGCACAGCAGUGACAGCAGUGCAGUGACAGCACAGCAGUGACAGCAGGGCAGUGACAGCAGUGCAGUUACAGCACAGCAGUUACAGCACAGCAGUGACAGCAGUGCAGUGACAGCAGGGCAGUGACAGCAGGGCAGUGACAGCAGGGCAGUGACAGCAGGGCAGUGACAACACAGCAGUGACAGCACAGCAGUGACAGCACAGCAGUGACAGCAGUGCAGUGACAGCAGUGCAGUGACAGCAGGGCAGUGACAGCAGAGUAGUGACAGCAGUGCAGUGACAACACAGCAGUGACAGCACAGCAGUGGCAGCAGUGCAGUGACAGCAGGGCAGUGACAGCAGAGUAGUGACAGCACAGCAGUGACAGCAGUGCAGUGACAGCAGGGCAGUGACAACACAGCAGUGACAGCACAGCAGUGACAGCAGGGCAGUGACAGCACAGCAGUGACAGCACAGCAGUGGCAGCAGUGCAGUGACAGCAGGGCAGUGACAGCAGUGCAGUGACAGCACAGCAGUGACAGCAGUGCAGUGACAGCAGAGCAAUGGCAGCAGUGCAGUGACAGCACAGCAGUGACAGCAGUGCAGUGACAGCAGAGCAAUGGCAGCAGUGCAGUGACAGCACAGCAGUGACAGCAGUGCAGUGACAGCACAGCAGUGACAGCACAGCAGUGACAGCACAGCAGUGACAGCAGUGCAGUGACAGCAGGGCAGUGACAGCACAGCAGUUACAGCACAGCAGUGACAGCAGAGCAGUGGCAGCAGUGCAGUUACAGCACAGCAGUGACAGCAGAGCAGUGGCAGCAGUGCAGUGGCAGCAGGGCAGUGACAGCAGUGCAGUGACAGCAGUGCAGUGACAGCAGGGCAGUGACAGCAGGGCAGUGACAGCCAAGCCCUCGGGUGCUGUGCAAGGUGUGAGCCCUGUGGUGGCUCCAGAGGACUGGACUGUGGCAGGUGCCCUGGGCUGGGUCUGUCCCUUUUAGGCACAGACUGUGUGUGAAGGUGUUGGUGAGCUCUGAGCCCUGAUGACACUUGCCCAGUGACACAGAGUGGGAGGGCAUCCUGCACUCUUCCCACGUUUUAGAAAACAAUUGCUCCUUUGGUGUCUCUUUCAAUCUAUGGACGUUUCCUUGUUUCCACAACUACAAUGCUGACACAGAAUCCCACGAAGGCGUUGUACGUCCAAGCAAGGGCCUUCUCCCAGCCCCAAACAGACCAACCAACCAGCAUCUGGGUAGUUUCUAUUUUCUAGAGUGUAUCAUUCAUUAAAUGACAUUACU